AUGGCUGUAGAUGAGGAUAUGAAUGUUGAAUGUUGUUCGGUUACAUCGUUACGUGGCGUGUCCCACCAAGAACCUGCUAUAGCUAGUACUUCACAGUUAGUUGAUUCAAGCACUGUUUCUUCCCAUUCUUUAUCUCUUAUCAACCCCGAUGUUUCAAAUUCACAUUCGACGACACGUGGAGUUUUAAAUGUCCCACCUAAAUUGGAACAUUCUCUCUGGACACGCUUUAAACCAUUAGUUAGGUCUUUAGAGAACCUUUCACGGGAUGAAAUUGAUCGUAUUUUGGAUAACGUUGAAAACGAACUGCUAUGUGCUCAAUAUUUGGCUUUAUGGAAACGUGGAGUUUUACUUGGAGCCGACAAGUCGUUAUAUAAAUUGACGGGAAGGAAGUGUGAUCCCAAAUUUGAAAGUCCUACUGUGGUUAAGUCAAAGAGGAAAUGUAAAAAAACUGCUGCUUCAGCCGUUAAGGAGAGCGUACGUCGUUCAAAACGGGAACGUUCUUCGCCCUGUAUAGUGAAACCAAAAUCAAAAGAUGUGAAUCGAAACUCAACAUUCCCAACACCUAAUCAGACCCCGAUACCUAUACCGUCGAACUCGCGUACAAAACGGAAAAAUAAGCGUCGGGAAAGCACUUCAGAAAGUAGCGCCAGUUCAAAGCGACGUAGCAGUGGACGGUUAACGAAGCCACCACGCAAGAAACAAGCAGCUACACCUGACAAUUGUGAAAUAGCUUCUGUUAAUCUUAAUGAAGAGCCUACGUAUUGUUUGUGUAAACAGGUGUCUUUUGGUGAUAUGAUUGGAUGUGAUAAUGAAAAGUGUCCUGUGGAGUGGUUUCAUUUUGGUUGCGUUCAACUGAAAACGAAACCGAAAGGUAAAUGGUAUUGCCCUCUAUGUAGAGGUGAUAGAACUAAUAUUCUUAGGACAGCUUCAGUAAAAUGA